AUGGGUUCAUCCGUAGGUCUCUGGAAGGAUGUGUCGGUCCCCCCCAUAAGGGACGGGGCCCGGGCCUCAGAAGGUCGUGCAGAUGCAGAACGGAUAGUGUUUGAGGCUCAGAGAGGCCUCACUGAUUCCUGUGACUCAGCUCUGGACAACAUUGUCAUUACUGAAGGAGCAUGUCCAUCUUGUGUUUCUGGCUGUGAUUUUGACACUAUGGAUAACUUGUGUGGGUGGACGACUGAAACUGAGAAUCCUGAUGAUUUUGGCUUUGGUCAGUGGAAUGGACCAACAUCCACUGAAGGCACUGGCCCUAAAGAUGACUUCUCCAAACCUGGAUUGGGUUUAUACAUGUUGCUGGAUUCUUUUGAUGCUGUUCCUGGAGUCAGUGCUCAGAUCAGAAGUCCUCUAGUAACCCCCUCUUCUGAAUGUCUGAACCUCAUCUUCCACUACUACAUGUAUGGUACCAGCACCACAAUGGAGCUCAGUGUCCAUACUAUUACCCCAGGUGGAAGCCUUGGACCUGCACUUUUCACAGUCAAGGGCAACCAAGGUCAAAGCUGGAAGCCUGCAGAAGUCCAAUACCUGGGAACAGCUGCUAUUCAACCUGGUGAGAUCGUGUUUGGAGAUGGUUGCUCAAAGCUGUGUCGCUGUGCAGGGAACUACACUUUGGAGUGUGUCGAUAACUCCUGUGACCCCACGGAGGAGUGUCGUGACAUUAAUGGUGUUGAAGGGUGCUAUCCUAAAGACACAUCCACAUGCAUAGCGUCUGGUGAUCCCCACUACACCACCUUUGACAAACUCAACUACGACUUCAUGGGCAACUGCAGCUAUGUGAUGUCACAACCCUGCAAUGAAACGACUCUGCCAUACUUUGAGGUCCAUGCUGACAAUGAAAAUCGCUACAACGUGCCCACUGUUUCCUAUGUGAAGGCUGUACAUGUACAUGUACGCAUGGUGAAGAUCUCCAUUCUCAAAGGUGGCAUUGUUCAGGUGAAUGGGACCAAUGUAAACCUACCAGUGAGUCCGGUCCCUGGUGUUUCUGUGUUCAUGUCCGGAGUGCACUACACUGUGUCCAUGAACUUUGGUGUGACUGUUCGCUAUGAUGGAAACCACUAUAUGGACAUCAAAGUCAUCAAAGAUGGAUCCUAUCACCCUGCGGGUGAUGACUGGUACUUGGAGGCCUGUGAGCAGAAAUGUGUGUGUCACAGUGGAGGUUUGAUCCAGUGUUACAACAGCAGCUGUAAACCAGCCACUGAGAGCUGCCAGCUACAAGAUGGAGAAUAUGGCUGCCACCCUCUGGGACAUGGUAUGUGCUCAGUCUCUGGUGAUCCUCACUACACCACCUUUGAUCAGCACAGCCAUCAUUAUAUGGGAGCCUGCUCUUAUACCCUGACCAAGCCCUGCAUCGCUUCUUCUGGCAUGCCGUACUUUACCGUGGACACCCAGAAUGAGCACCGAGGGAGUAAUAAGCAAGUUUCCUACGUCAGGGCUGUGGUGAUCAAUGUGAACAGUGCUACUAUCAUUUUUGGCAAGGGCCGCAUAGUCCAGGUCAACGGGACAGUGAUUGUCCCCCCUGUCACUUCUAUCAGUGGAGUUAAGAUCUACUUCAGCGGAAGGUUUGUUGUUCUGGAGACCUCCUUUGGCCUGAGGGUGCGUUUUGAUGGUAACCACCACGCUGAUGUCUCUGUGCCAACUUCCUACAAAGGCCUUCUCUGUGGCAUGUGUGGAAAUUUCAAUGGAGACUCCAAAGAUGACAACCUGAAACCAGAUAAUACACCAGCUGCUAACAGCAAUGAACUGGGAGACAGCUGGCAGGUUCCUGAUCCACGACCUGACUGUACCAAUGGUGGAGGACAUGAAGAAUGUGAUAAAAACGUGGAGGAGGAGGCCAAGAAGCCCACCAGCUGCGGCAUAAUCACCAAUCCCAAUGGUAUCUUUAAGCCCUGCCACUCUGUCGUGCUGCCCAACCCAUACUUUGGAAACUGUGUGUAUGACAUGUGUGCAACUGGAGGGCAGACUGUGGCUCUGUGCCAGGCCAUAGAGAGCUAUGCUGACAUGUGUGCUGCUGCAGGAGUCCCCAUCGCAUGGAGAAACAAUACCUUCUGUCCUCUGAAGUGUCCUCCAGGGAGUCAAUACACACCAUGUAGCACUGCCUGUCCUCAGCCCAGCUGUCAGGAACCCGUGGGCCAUGAUGGCCCCUGCAAUCAGCCCUGUGUGGAGGGAUGCAUUUGUAACCCUGGCCUUAUCCUCAGUGGAGACAAAUGUGUCCCGCUCAGUGAGUGUGGAUGUACUGAUGAAAACAGAAAGUACAAACCGGUGGGAGACACCUGGUUCACAGAGAUGGACUGCUCGGAGCGCUGUAAGUGUAAUGCCAACCACAACAUCACCUGUGAGCCCUGGCAGUGCAGCCCUGCACAGGAGUGUAAAGUGGUGGAAGGAGUACUGGGCUGCCACUCCACAGGUAAAGGAGUGUGUCAUGUGGCUGGAGACCCUCACUACUACACCUUUGAUGGUGUGAUGCACACAUUCAUGGGUACCUGCACUUACACUCUGGUGGAGGUGUGUAACGCCACCAAGGUAACUCCCUUCAGGAUAGUGGCUAAAAACGAGGAGCGUGGUCAACCAGAGGCCUCCUAUGUUCGCUCUGUCAAAGUCUACCUACCUCAUGAUACUGUAGUUGAACUGCAGAAGAGCCACAGAGUACUGAUGAAUGGGCGGAGGGUGCGAACCCCAGUUUCCAUUGACUUGGCUGGAGCCAAGGUGAUAUCCAGUGGGUCCUACAGUCUGCUGGACACAAACUUUGGUCUGCAGGUGAAGUUUGAUGGGGUCCAUCAUCUAGAGAUCACUGUUCCUGGAGAAUACUUCAGCAAGCUGUGUGGCAUGUGUGGGAACUAUAACCACAACUCGUCUGAUGACAACUUGAUGCCCGACAAGAAACCAGCCAAGGAUGUGAUUGAAUUGGGCAACAGCUGGAAAUCAGAUGGAGACAGUGAUCCUGGCUGUCAGCCAGACACUCGCCCAGACAUCCACCCCAACUGCACUGCAGAAGAAGAGAAACUGUACGAGGCCCAGUGUGCCAAGGUCAUUCUCUCUGACCGCUUCAAGCCCUGCUACUCCCUGGUGCCCCCUGAGGCUUUCCUGGGUAACUGCAUCUAUGACAUGUGUGAAUAUAACGGCAUGCAGGCAACGCUCUGUGACAACGUGGAUGCAUAUGCUCAGGCCUGUCAGAGUGCCGGAGUCACCAUCAGCUGGAGGAACAACACCUUCUGUCCCCUGCCCUGCCCUCCUAAGAGUCACUACUCAGACUGCACGGCCCCCUGCCCCCCAACCUGCUCAGACCUCUUCCCCAUUUUCUGCCACCUUCCUCCAACUACCUGUGUGGAAGGAUGUCAGUGUGAUGCAGGAUUUGUCCUCAGUGACAGCAAGUGUGUUCCUCUGGACAGAUGUGGCUGUCUGGACUCAGAUGGAGAGUACCAUGAUGUGGGAGACUCGUGGCUGACAGGUAAAUGUGUGAACUCCUGUACUUGUAACCCCGGUGGCAGUAUCACAUGUAAGGACCACAGCUGCGAUUCAGACUCAUUGUGUGUCCUGGACAAAUAUGGAGACCUUUACUGCCAACCCACCAAGUUCAACAAGUGCAGCAUCUCUGGUGAUCCUCACUACCGAACAUUUGAUGGUUUCGCCCAUUACUUCCAGGGUACCAACAUCUACGUCCUGACUCAGGGUCACAACCUUCAGAACUCCUUGUCACCCCUGGUGGUGAGGGGAAAGAACAUCAGACGGGGGGGGAACAAAAAGGUGUCAUUCCUGGACCAGAUGUACAUUGAUGUUUAUGGUGUCAAUGUUCGCUUCCUGCAGAAGAAGACUGUCUUGGUGAAUGGAGAGCGUGUUGCACCUCCUCUCAGUCCAGUUGAUGGUUUGACCAUCACAGUGAACUCCAAGCAGGUCCAGCUCACCACUGACUUUGGACUCACUGUACGCUUUGAUGGCAACAUUCGUGGAGAGAUCAUACUGCCCAGCACCUACAAGAACGCUGUCAGAGGGUUAUGUGGAAAUUAUGAUGGCAUCACCAGAAACGAGUAUAUGAAGCCAGACGGGACAGUGGUUAGGAAUUUGAAUGAAUUUGGAGAAAGCUGGAAAGUCAGCGGCCGACAGGCUGACGGACUGAAGCUCUAUGGCCUUCCUCACACUGUCCAUGCACACAGGCGAGAGGUAGAGACUGAUCCUAAUUCAGGAUUUGAGACAUCGGACUGCUCCCAGUCUCAGCUCAAUGACUACAACAGCGUGGUUCAGUGUGGAGCCCUGUCUGAUCCCAAUGGACCGUUUGCUGCCUGUCAUGCUGCCCUAACACCCACAACCUACCAGAAUGACUGUGUGUUUGACCUGUGUGCCGAGAGUGGCAGUGCAGCGCUGCGUUGUGCCAGCUACGAAACAUACGCUGCAGCCUGUCAGGAGGCUGGAGUCAACCUGGGACCAUGGAGGCAGCAGCUGGACUGUGCCCUCUCCUGUGCUCCUAACAGCAACUACUCCCCCUGUAUGUCCCCCUGCCCUGCCUCCUGUGCUGACCUGGCAGCACCUUCUGAGUGUGACAUCACUUCCUGUGUGGAGGGAUGCCAGUGUGCCCAGGGCUUUGUCAUGAGCGAGGGAAUCUGUGUGCCAUACACACAGUGUGGCUGCACCUUCCUCAGCAGAUACUACCCACUGAAAGAAAAGUUUGUGACUGAGGAUUGUUCUCAGUCCUGUGAAUGCACCAGCACUGGCGCCGCGUGCCAACCAAAAACCUGCCAAGACGGCUACGUCUGCACCAUCUACGACUUCAAACGUGACUGCUACAAAGUGAGCCCCUGCCUCAGUUACCCCUGUCUGAAUGGAGGAACAUGUAAGGAGAUCAGCAACAAAACGUACACCUGUCAGUGCACUGAGGGCUUCGAGGGUACCAACUGUGAGGUGGAGAUAACAACGAGCGGAGAACUGGAAACCAAGUGGAUUAUUCUGAUUGCGGUCCUGGUCUCAGUCACUGUCAUCAUCAUUGUGACUACCAUUGUGUGUGUUUGCACUCGCAAAUCCAAGAAAAGGAGAUAUGAGGAGAAAAAUCUCAGGAUGAAAUCAACAGGUGUUCCAUAUACAGACAUAGACGACCAAAAACAUGGCAUGACUAGUAUGUGAUAAACAGUUUAAACUGGUAUGUUUACCUGCUGUCAGAGGCCAACAUGCAAAAUCUGUUCUGAAGUUAAUUCAAUAGGGCUUCAACGAAAAUAAAACCAUUUGACAAAUGUUUUUGUCUUAUGAAAGGUGAGACUAUACUGUAGGUGUCAUUCAUACUCUGUUUGUAUUGCUUUGUUAGCUUAUGCUUUUAAGAUAUUUACUUUGAUGUCUUAGGUUUUAUUAAAAAUGUCCAAAUCUCUCUGUGUGUGCCUUUAAGAGGAUAUGUACUCUUGGAAUUAAAUGUGGGGGAAAAAAAAAGUUUUUUUAAAACACCGACGACAAACACCUUUUCAUUUUUACAUACAACAGGC